AUGGCUGAUAGAAUAGUGGCAUGUAGAAUAAUACAUCAUCAUGAUAUAAUCAAUACGGUUCUGAUGUCGACAGCCUUCAGAGCAUCGCGAAAACAGGGCGAUCGAAAGGCUAGUGGGAAUUUUUAUAUUUCCGUCUUUUCGUUCAACUGUGAAAAUGAUCCGAUGAGCAAGGUGACCAAUAAAGUACAAACCAUCGAGUUAUUAAAUCUUCCCUAUAAUUCUUAUAAAUGGAAACGAGGACUGUGUUUCAUACAGAUUAGACUACCUGUUCGGGCAAUUCACAGCAUAUAUGAAAUGAUGUGUGUGAUGUUUAUUUGCUGUGUGAAACAAAAUCGUAUAUUCCGAGAUCCAAUCGAUAUAAUCUAA